AAUUAAGUGUUUAAUUCUAACAAACCCACAUCAUGGUUGCAUUUUGCUCUCCUGAGUUCUCAUACUCAAACAUGGGAUGGCUCUUACAAGAGUUACAGCCUGCACAGUCCUUAAAUAUUAUCCACAAGGACAAGAACUAUGCAACUAAUUUAGAGUACUCUUUACCUCAAUAUCAUCAAUUCUCUUCACUCAAGCAACAACAUGUUGAGAUUGAAACGCCACCAUCACCCCCUAAGCUUAUGGUGAAGAAGCUUAACCACAAUGCUAGUGAACGUGAUCGCCGCAAAAAGGUCAAUACCUUGAUUUCUUCACUUCGCUCACUUCUUCCAGAUGAAGAUCAAACGAAAAAGAUAAGUAUUCCGGUAACAAUUUCAAGUGUGUUAAAAUACAUACCGGAAUUACAAAAGCAGGUGGAAGGAUUAACUAAGAAAAAGGAAGAUCUUCUAUCAAGAAUUUCUAGGCAAGAAUAUGCAGUCAACAAAGAAUCACAAAGGAAAACAAUUCCAAGUUAUAAUUCUUGUUUUGUGGUUUCAACAAGUAGGCUUAAUGAUAGUGAGCUUGUUGUUCAUAUCUCAUCUUAUGAGACUUACAAGAUUCCAUUAUCUGAGAUCUUGAUGUGUUUAGAAAAUAAUGGACUUUUUCUACUAAAUUCUUCUUCUUCUAAAACCUUUGGAGGGAGACUCUUCUACAACUUGCAUUUUCAGGUGGAUGGAACUCAGAGAUUAGAGUCUGAUGAUCUUAUUCAGAAGGUUUUGUCAGUAUAUGAGAGGCAGCUAAGUAAUCAAGUAGUGUUGGGAGAUAAAGAUCACAUGAUCAGGAGUGUUAUGAUAUAUUAAUUAAAGUUGGGGAUUUGGGUCUUAGUUGUAGUUUGUACAUAUUUUGAUAGCAAGGAUUGAAACGUUGGAGAGGAGUAAUCACUUUUGAAAUUUAAUUCAAUUUUGUGAGUUACUUGUUUUGUAAGUAGUGUAAGUUAGUUGAGUUAGUGAACUUACUUUGAUGUGUAAGUAACUAGUUAAUUAAGUUGGUUAUGAUAUUUUGAGCCUAAUUGGUGUGUUGUAAGCAUGAUCCAUGAGGUGUAUAAGUAAUCACUUUAGUGAUUAAGAAUGAGUUGUGAAGUGCAUAACUAAUUAAAAUAAUUUUUCUCUCU